ACGAUAUUUCUUUGACGUUUUUUAUCUUAAUACCUCACAGCAAUUUAUUUGAUAAAACUAUUUGCACAACUUCCACGAAAGGUGCAGGAAAUUUCUACUUGUAAAACUUGUGAUGGAAGAUGUGACGUCACAUUUACUUUACGGCCUCAUUAAUGCGACAGCAACGGGGGUCUUUUCAGAAAUGAUAGUUCUGAAAAGUGGGAUAUUCUGUUCAUGCCAUCCGAAAAGUUUCUCUGAUCAGAUCUGUAAUAACAGCGAUUUGUACAUCUGGGUUUUUUUUAUAUGCAGAGGUAUUAGCUCUUUAAACCUCACAAAGGAAUAUUCUGAUAUUACACACACCCCUCAAAAUCCGCCCCUCAUUAAACUCAUUGUGUGUAUUAUCACACUGAUAGCUUUGAAAAUUGUUCAUUUUCAUAACGUUUUAUUUUUUAGGCUACGUAAAUUAAUGCAUGCAGUAUAGCUUAAGUAUUAAAAUUUCAGACUGGGAGCUACAGACCUGCAGCUAUAGAUAUAGUCAAACUUUGUUAUCCAGAAGUUGAAAGGACUUUAAACAAGAUAUUGAGAAAUGGUGGCUUCUAUUUCACUUCAAUAGCCUUGGAAGUAAGAAAAUGAAGAAAUAGUGUAAAUCAUGGCUUACAACCUACCAGACAGCAUGAACAUUGGCAUCUACACGGGGCAGCCCUUGCCACAGAACAUCAUGAUAGCCCAGCACAACCCUCCAGGCCCCUCCCAGGCCCAUGGGCUUGUUACACGGCCCAGCACUGCCACAACCUCCCACUACUCCCACACCAACACCCCUGGCUACAUCAUGGUCCCCACCAACAGCCUACCCCCUACCACUCUCAAGUCCAGCACAACCAGCUCAGAGACCAAACUCAUGAAGCCGCAGAUACUGGAGAAAAUGAGGGCGCUCAGGGAUCGCGGCAAAUACUGUGACGUGGCCAUCGAUGUGAAGGGAGUGAGGUUUCAUGCUCACCGAAAUAUUUUGGCGGCUUGGAGUCCUUACUUUGAUUGUCAGCUAUUGAGUGAGAAUCAUGUGAUGCGGGACUUGUUGAUUGUGAACUACGACAGCUAUGAGGUGUUCUCAGACUUGCUGGACUUCCUCUACUCAGGGACCAUUGCCCCCAGAGAGACCAACUUUCUCCAGCUUCUUCAUUUAGCUGUCAGCUUUCAGAUUGAUCUCUUGAAACAUUACUGUGAGGAAUUCUUAAGGAGCAACCUCCAUCUUGGAAAUUUUCUUAGCACGUACUUUUUGUCACGAAAGUAUAACCUGAAAUCGCUGGAAGAGUUUAUUGUUAGUUUUAUUCAAGCUAACCUGUCUGAUGUUGUCAAACAGAUUGAAUUUCUGACUUUACCUGCAGAUCGUUUUAACGCCAUCUUAUCCAAAGGGUACAUGGUGGACCUGAAGCCAGAAAUCAAACUCUUCCUCAUCAUUAGCUGGGUAGGGUACGAAGUUCGGGACCGUGAAUGCUUCCUUAUUCAGCUCUUAAGACAUAUUGACUGGUCCAUUGUGGCAAGUGAUUUUCUGCUGGAAAUCAGUAGAACAGAGAACUUUUUCACCACUCAUGAAUCCAGUCUGUAUCUUUUGUUACAGACCCUGUUUAGUUCGGGGAUUUCCCUUGGUCCGUACGCUGAUCAUUUCCCUAGCCUUCGGCAAACAUACUCCCACAUGCUCAACGACAUUGUGAAAGCAGGACUGAUUGACGCAUAUGAAGAAGAAUUCUAUCCUGUGACUGCCUCUGGAGUUUGUACAAAGUUUUUGAGGUCUGAUGCCUGUGUUGGCACAGAUAAUUACUAUCACACUACAACAGAAGUUGAAAAGACUUGGGAGGAACUGCGCAGUGUUGUGUUUAGCCCACCUACCCAACAAACAAGUGUCUAUGAAAGACAAAUCAAUGAUGUGGAAAAAGAAAACAAACUGUUUUAUCAAAGUUCAAAGCAACAGAGCAAUCAGACUGAAAAUCGGCAUGUAGAGGAAGAAACCAAAUCCAGUAAACGAAAAGGAAAACCAAGAAAAAUGGUCCUUGCAGAAACUCCAGAAAAAGUACAUAGUCGGGAACUAAGUGAAAGUUAUAAUCCAACAAAACACCAAAGAACUGUGCAUUUGGAAGAGAAAAAAAGGGAUGAAAAUCCACCGAAGAAAAGGCAAAGACAGGCAGGGAAAGGAAGAGGGAGGCGAUCCGUGAAAUGUGAGCCAGAGAGUCCUCCAGAAAUUGAAAAUGCUGCAGUGGAAGAGGAUGAUGAAGAAAUGAUUCCAAGAGUGCAGAAGAAAAGCAAGAAUGAAGAAAAUGUAGAUGAUGAUGACAGUGUUAAUGAUGAUGUUGAAGAGAGAGAGACAGAGGAAGAUGAGGAGGAAAAGAAUAAUGAAGAUGAUGAGUUUGAGGAAGAAGGAUAUUAUGACAACGAAGACAUGGAAGAGGAUGAGGGGGAUGAAAAGGACAUUCUAGACAGAUCAGAGAGAGACUUUGAAGGUGAAGAUUUGCAUGAUGAUUCAGAGGAAGAGGAUUGGGUCCCGGAGGAAGGUGUCAAAAAAGAAGCAAAAUUGAAAGGUAUCCGAAGGUCCAGCCGACCGCCAAAACCUUCCAGGCUUGUCCAAAAAAAGAAGAGAGCAAAGCUGACACUAAAUACAUGUAGUAGCAAGAAAACAAACAACAAAGAAGUUUUCCCAUGCAGCUUAUGUGAAUACGAGACUAAUACCCAGAAUAGACUUGAUACUCAUAUGAAACGAAUUCACGAGUGUCAUAUGACAUACAAAUGCAUGAUGUGUGACUACUCCACAAAAUGGAAUAAGGCAUUCUCGGAGCAUCUAAAGGAGGAACAUUUCAAGGGGCCUCCAUUUAGGUGUAGUGAGUGUGACUUUACGGGGAAGAAACUCCAUGUGCUGAUGUCACAUCGCACUAAGCACGGGGAGGACCGUCCUCACGCCUGUGAUUUCUGUGACCAGCGAUUCAAAACAAGAAACAACGCCCUGGCCCAUAUCAAAAUACACUCAGGGCUUCGACCUUUUGAGUGUGACAUUUGUAAGCGUACGUUCGCCACCAAGAACACGAUGGAGCAGCACAUAGUGACCCACAGCAGUGACCGUCCGUACCUGUGUGACGAGUGUGGAUUCUCCUCCAAGUUCCAGUCUCACCUUAUCUCUCACAAACGGAUACACACAGGUGAUCUGUUUGCAUGCAGCUAUCCUCAGUGUCCGUACAAAACACCAAAGAAAAGCCAAUUAAAAUGUCACAUGAAAAGUCACCUGAACAUUCGCCAGCAUAUCUGUCUGACUUGUAACAAGGCCUUUAUUGAGAAAAGCCAUUUGGUACGGCACCAGAAAAUUCAUUUAAACGAAAAACCAUACAAGUGUCAGGAGUGUAACUACCAGACGACUCGACCAGACAAAAUGAAAGAGCACUUUGCAAGGCAUCACGGCCCGGACGCUUCUGUGAAGACUCCGUAUAAACAGAGGAAGCCACGGGCCCAAAGCCGGAAAGUGAAACAGACGCCGCCAUCAUUUCCCCAUUUUGAUCAUGCUUCAUACACGAUACCCCCGAACCACCUCCAGAGUGACCACGAAGCAUACACACUGCAAGAGAAAGAAAGACCGUCAGAUUUCAAUUCUUUUAUUCAAGACAUUCGCAUGCACCUUUCUGUGGAAAACAGCAAUAGCGGAAAUAUGGAGAGCAUGACAAUAGUUAACGUGCCGAUCAUGGCGGAUCAGAUGGUGGACUCCGCAGUAGGAGACAAUAGACUGGCCAUUGCUGAUGCUGCACAGAACUCGGCGGCCACUUCUACAACAAUGGCCAUCAUUCAGGAUGAGCACCAGGCUUUUGUUGCACAGCAGAACAUGCAACAAAAUAAUGCAGCUUUGCAGCAGAACAUCGGGCAGGGGGGACAGAACCAGGACUACGGGGGGCUGGGGGCGUUCAUGACUCUGUUUUGAGACUUUGUUGUCUCUGUAUUGUUGUUUUACCAGUUAAAUACUAGUCUUACUGUUGAUAUUUAAUGUUAAACAUUUUACCAUACUGAGUUUUUGUGGAUAUAUUUCACCCGAGACAUGUUUGUUAUAUUGUCAUUGUGUAAUCAUGGUUGUAUAUUUAUGCAUGAGAGAGAACAAAUAAUGAAAUAUUAAAAGAAAUAUUACACCAAUA